AUGUUGGAGGGACUCGUUGCCGGCCUGCUCAACAGGUUUCUGGGCAUGUACGUCAAGAACUUCGACCCAGCACAGCUCAAGGUCGGUAUCUGGUCUGGCGAUGUCAAGCUCAGGAACCUCGAGCUGCGGAGGGAGGCCCUCGACCAGCUGAAGCUUCCCAUCAAUGUCAUGGAAGGCCACCUCGGCGAGUUGACCCUCAUCAUCCCGUGGUCCAAUCUCCGUGGAGCCCCCGUCAAGGUCUUUAUCGAAGAUGUCUUCCUGCUUGCCUCUCCAAGGGAGGAAGCUGCCUAUGACGAGGACGAGGAGGAGCGCAGAAAACAGAGAAUCAAGAUGGAGAAGCUCGACUCGGCCGAACUCCUCAAAGAGAGAUCACAAGAAGGCAUGAGCCAAGAGGAGCAGCAAAAGAGCCAGAGCUUCACGCAGAGCCUGGUCACCAAGAUCGUCGACAACCUGCAAGUCACGGUCAAGAACAUCCACAUCAGAUACGAAGACUCCAUCUCCGCACCUGGCCACCCCUUUGCUCUUGGUGUCACGCUGGAGGAGUUCAGCGCGAUCAGUACCAACGGCGAGUGGAAACCAACUUUCAUCCAAGAUUCCACCAAGAGCACCCACAAGCUCGCCACCCUCGGCGCCCUUGCUGUCUACUGGAACACAGACACAGAGCUGCUUGGCCCGGGACGAGAGAUCACCACCGACGACGACGAGCCCAUGCCCCACGACGAGAUGGUUAGCAAGUUUAAGAGCUUGAUUGGGUCGACAGAGGAUACGAAGCUCAACCACCAAUUCAUCCUACGUCCUGUCAACGGAAAGGCUAAGAUAGUUCUCGACAAGACGGGUGACAUUCACGUACCCAAAGCCAAGGCAAGCUUGCUGUUCGAGGAGAUCGGCCUGGUCAUCGAUGACGACCAAUACCGCGAUGGCCUGAUGAUGGUGGACCUCUUCCAUUACUUCAUCCGACACCAGGAAUACAAGAAGUUCCAGCCAAAGGGCGUCACACCAAAGGAGGAUCCCAGAGCAUGGCUCAAGUUCGCCGGAGAUGCGGUGCUCAGCAAGAUUCACGAGAAGAACCGCAGGUGGUCAUGGGACUACUUCCGCGAACGGCGUGACGAUCGCAAGCGCUACAUUGAGCUGUUCAAGAAGAGGAAACAGCAGCAACAGCUGUCCUCGCAAGAAGGCGACGACAUUAACAAAUUGGAGUGGAAGCUCGACUACGAAGACUUGCGGUUCUGGCGAUCCCUGGCACGAAACCAACUCAAAAAGGAGAACGCUGAAGCCCUGAAAAACCAGCCCCCUAAGCAACAACAACAAGGCUGGGUGUCCUGGGUCUGGGGUGGCGGCGCGAAGCAACCGGAACCUCAGAACGACGACGAGAACACGCAGAUCACAGAGGAGCAACGCAAGGAGCUUUACGACGCUAUCGAUUGGGACGAGAAGACAGCUAUCGCCGAAUCCGUUGACGUACCUCGAGACACCGUCAAGAUGCAGGUUGAGGCAUGGCUGAGCACAGGAAGCUUCACUCUCAAGAAAAGCCACAAUGGCAAGAGAAGCGACCUCCUUAGUCUUCACUUCGACGUGUUCAAGGCCAAGGUCUUACAGCGCCCCGACUCUUUCCUUGCCGACGUCAGCCUGGGUGGCCUCCGUGUCAACGAUGGCACCACUCCCGACUCCCUCUUCCCCGAGAUUGUUCGCGUCAAGGAUGCACCUGAAGUCCACGAGCACAAACAGCUGACCAUUGAAGAGUUGGAGGAUAACGAGGAUGAACCCUUCUUCCACUUCGAGGUUGAACAGAACCCUAUCGAUAAGGAGGGCGACAUAGCACUGUCCGGCUCUCUCAAACCUUUGGAGAUUGUGUGGAACCCGAACUUCGUGGUUGGCGUUGCCGACUUCUUCAGACCUCCAGAGAGGCACAUGGAGUCCAUCACCGCCCUCAUGGAGACCGCCGGUGCCACGGUAGAAACCUUCAGGGAGCAGACACGGGCUGGUCUUGAGUUCGCCCUCGAGGAACACAAGACCAUCAACGCCCAGCUCGACCUUCAGGCCCCUCUCAUUAUCGUACCAGUCAGCAUUAACGUCAAGGAGUCCACCUGUCUGAUUCUGGAUGCCGGUCACAUCAGCGUCAACAGCGAACUGGUUGAUCAAAACACCAUGAAGCAGAUCCAAUCCAAACAGCGACAAUCAUACACGGACGAAGACUUCAAGCGGUUGGAGUCCGUCAUGUACGACAAAUUCUUGGUCAAGCUCUCCUCCACUCAGGUACUGAUAGGACCAUCCAUCGAGGUUACAAAGGCUCAGCUAGCCGAGAAAGAUGACACACAACAUCUCCAUGUGGUGGAGCGCAUCAAUGUGGACUUUGUGGUUGAAACUUCUAUCCUCCCCAAGGCUCCAAACUUGACCAAGCUCAAGGUGUCCGGCCACUUGCCGCUACUGCACGCAACCGUGUCGGAUACCAAAUACAAGAACUUGAUGCGGAUCAUUGACGUCGCCAUCCCCAAGUUCAACCAGGAUAACGAUCAACCGGAGCAGAUCAAAGACUCACAGAGCUCCGCUGUGACGACUAGACCUCGUGGCUUGAGCACCGCAUCGACUCGAUCUCGCUCUCGUAAAGAGUCUUCCCGCCGCAAAUCAGCACAAUUCCCCUUCAUGCAGCAACAGACUGCGAUUGUGAUUGACGACGAUGACGAAGACAGUGAUGAGUUCGAGGAUGCCGACGGCGGCCGAGACAAUAAGGAACAGCUCAAGCUACAGCAGCGCUCUUUCGAGUUCAAGUUCAAGGUCGAUACCCUCAAGGGCUCUCUAUACCGUAGUGACCCAGACAAAAAGAAGCCCGACGCGCUACUUGUCGAGCUUGUCGCCGAAAACUUUGAUCUUCUGUUCUACCUGCGACCAUACGACAUGUCAGCUGAAGUGUCUCUUGGGUCGGUCACUAUCGAUGAUUUCGUCGACAAUCCCUCGGCGGAGUUCAAGUCGAUCGUGUCAUCAGGGGAUCCUGAUGAUCACGAGCAGAACCGCAGUCUCGUCAGUGUGAAAUUCACAAAGGUUAAUCGCCUUUCACCAGAGUUCAUGCCAGUGUACGAAGGCGUGGAGACGAACGUCACAGCUGCGAUCUCCACCAUCAAUCUAGUCGUGACUCGGAAAACGCUCUUGACUCUGUUGGACUUCAUCUUGGCAACAUUCACCGGUAACAACAACGAAGCGGCAACGCCUCAAGAGCAGAAGGCAAUCUCCGAUUCGGAGGAUGACAGCGAGGAAGAUGUCGAGAUCGCAAUCGACAGCCCCCCUGAGGAUGCACCUGCAAAUUCAGGCUCGAUCAGGGUCAAGGUGGACCUUAAGAGUAUCCGGCUGAUCCUCAACAACGACGGAAUUCGCUUGGCUACGUUGUCUUUCAACCACGCGGACGUCGGGGUUUUCCUUUUGGGCAAGACAAUGCGGGUGAAUGCCAAGCUGGGCAACCUCAAUUUGGUCGACGACAUUAACCAAGGCGUCUCCGAGGAGUCUAACUUGAGGCAACUCAUCUCCAUCCAAGGUGACGAGCUGGCUGAUGUCAGAUACGAGACCUUCGACGCUACCAACAAGAAGGCGUACCCUGGAUAUGACUCGUCGGUCUAUCUUCGGGCUGGAUCAGUGAAGCUGAACUUCCUUGAAGAGCCAUUCAGGAAGAUCAUCCAGUUUUUGGUCAAGUUUGGCAAGAUGCAAGCCAUCUACAAUGCUGCUCGUCAAGCCGCCGCAAACCAGGCCAACCAAAUCCAACAGAGCACGUCCAGAUUCAAGUACGAUGUGGUUGUCAAGACUCCAAUCGUGGUCUUCCCUCGUGUGGUCAACCACGGCCAGCCCAAGCGUGACGUUGUCACUGCAUACUUGGGAGAGAUUUAUGCACAAAACAAGUUCGCUCCUUUGGAUGACUCCGAGAACUCCCAAAUAGCAACCAAGAUCAACGCUGGUAUCCGAAACAUCCGCCUCACUUCUGACUUCAACUACCCGGGAGAUCUCUCCGAAGAGCUGGAGCUGAUUGACAAGGUUGAUUUGGGUUUCAACGUCACGUACGCGGAGCAUCAAGACGGCACGAAGCGCCCCGAACUGGAAAUUGAGGGCAGCAUGUCUGAUUUCAAUCUCAAACUCACACAGUAUCAACUCCGCUUCUUGAUGGAGAUCUCCAAGUCCGUUCCGGCGGCGUUUGCCGGCGAUGCCGACGAGCAGAACCAAGAAGCCGAGCGCGAGGUAGACAAAGACACUCUUCAAAGGGCGAAGUCACUGCCAACCGAUAAGAGCAAGGGCGAUGAGCAGCAACUAGUUGACCUCGGGCCUGAACUUUCACCCAAAGACAAAACAUGGACGAAGCUUGACCUGGUCUUCCAAGUCAACACUAUUGGUAUGGAGCUGAUUUUGGCCCCUGACGAAAAGCCAGUCGGCAAGCUUGAAGAUGCUAGCCUUUCGCGCUUUUCCCUGGACGUCACCAAAAUGAAGACGCGGAUGCUUAAUGAUGGGUCUCUUGAGGGCGAGUUCCUUAUCCACUCGUUCACCAUCUAUGACAGCCGCCCGAGGGACACUAAUAAGUUCCGGCGAAUCAUGACAUCGUCCAACAAGGAGGUGCAGCAGCUCAUGGCGAGCAUCACGAUGUCUGGCGGACAGGACAGGAACCUCAUCGCCAUCGUUACUAUCGACAGCCCCCGAAUCAUCUUCGCCCUCGACUAUCUCUUCGCUAUCCAGAACUUCGUCAUGGUUGGUCUACAGCCCGAGGAACCUUCGAUUGUCGACGAUGAGUCGUUAUUGAUCGACACCCCUGACGAGUCCGAUGCGGACGCAGACUCGAUGCAGGUUACUUGGUCAAAGGCCCGAUCGCAGAAGAGCAGCAAGAACGAACAGGAGGAGACCCAAGAUGGCGGAGACGAGAAACCCCAGACCACCAUGAGCAUCGCCUACAGGGUAAACAUCGUCGACGCUCAAGUCAUCCUGAUCGCCAACCCUCUCAGCUCGAGCUCCGAGGCCAUCGUUCUUGGCACCAAGCAAGUUUUGUUGUCCCAACAGCAUGCUUUGACAUUCCAAGUAUCCGAGAUUGGCAUGUUCCUCUGCCGCAUGGACCGCUUUGAGGAUUCCCGACUUCGGAUUAUCGAUGACUUUUCCGUCCAAAUGUCCAUGGAUAGCUCGAAGCCGAACAUCACUAGCAUCCAUGCUGACAUUGAGCCGUUGAUUCUUCGUCUGUCUCUCCGAGAUAUCCUACUCGCUCUCCAGAUUGCCAGCAAAGCCACAGAGCUCUCUGACCAGCAACCGAAAGACCCGAAGUUGUCGUCAUCGGCCGCAGAUGAGAAGGCGAGACAGUUACGCCAAGCUGGUCUUAAGCAGCGAACAGCCAGCGGCAAGGGACCGUCAACCAUUGCGAACAAGACCAUGAUGUCGAAGACACAGACGCAAAAGAUUGCAGCAUCUCAGGCUAGACUAGCGAACAGUGAUCCUCGCGGAACGGCGGUCCAGCAGCCACCCAAGCGGCACGAAGAGCUGUCUGCGACAAUUGAAGGAAUUCGUGUUGUCCUUAUUGGCGACGUUCACGAACUUCCUAUCCUCGAUCUUGGAAUCAAGAACUUCACCGCCACGGCCGAAGACUGGUCUUCGAAUCUCAAGGCUGAGACUGCCAUCGACUUAUACACGAACGUCUACAACUUCUCCAAGUCCGCAUGGGAGCCACUUCUUGAACCCUGGCAAGUUGGUAUCGGAAUGGCCAAGGAUGCUCAGUCUGGUCUAAUGUCCAUUGAUGUCGCCUCCAAGAAGGUCUUUGACGUUACUUUGACAACCGCCACCAUCGCUUUGGCGUCCAAAUCUUUUGCUUUCCUCAGCAAAGACGAGGACGUCCUCGGCAAGCCGCGCGGCGUCGAUGCGCCGUAUCGAAUUAGGAACUACACUGGAUUUGAUGUGGUGGUGCAGUCAAAGAGCUCGACUACAGACGACAAUAUGACGGCCCGUCUAGAAGACGGUCAAGAGGUACCAUGGAGCUUCGAGCCUUGGGAGAAAAUGCGUGAGAAUCUCUCAUCCGAGAGCAGCACCGGUAGUGUCGGCAUCCACCUAGAAGGCAGUGGCUUCGACCCAGUCAAAAACGUCAGGUUGAACCGUGAGGGAGAGGCAAUCUACGGUCUCAAACCCAAGACUGACAACAUCUUGCAUCGUCUCCUGGUUGAAGUUACCCUUGGCAAGGACAACGUCAAGUAUGUCACCCUUCGAUCACCUCUUGUCGUGGAGAACGAGACCCAAAUUCCCGUUGAAUUGGGUGUCUACGACGCACAAGAGGGGCAUCUCCUCAAGAUCGAAAAGAUUGCCCCAGGCGAAAGCCGGCCGGCGCCCGUCGGAGCCGCAUUCCUCAAGUCCCUCCUUGUGCGUCCCGACUCCGGAUUUGGCUAUGCUUGGUCGUCGGAGACCCUUUGGUGGCGAGACUUGUUGAAGCGACCUACAAGAACGAUGGUCUGCAAGGGCGAAAACGGAGAUCCGUUCUACUUCCAACUGAACGCUACAUUUGACAGAUCCAACCCAUUGACCAAGAACUAUCCUUACAUGCGCAUCAAGUUGUCGCCACCAGUGAUCCUCGAGAACUUGUUGCCGUACGACUUCAAGUACCGCAUCUACGACAAGAACACCAAGAAAGACUGGGCAAACUUCCUUCGCAAGGGUGGCCUUAGUCCGGUACACGUCGUUGAGCUUUCCCAUCUUCUUCUUCUCAGCGUCGACAUGCAAGACACUGUAUUCAAGCCCAGCGACUUUGCCAUUAUCAACUCUGGGCAGUCGGACGAUUUCAAGAAGGAAGACAAGCUUCUCUGCAAGGAUUCCGAUGGCCUUCAACUCAACCUGAAACUGCACUACCACAAGAUUCCCAACAGUGGAGGUGCAUUCCGAGUAACGGUCUACAGCCCCUACAUCAUCCUGAACAAGACUGGCCUGGACAUGCAGAUUCGCGCGAAGGGGUUCUUGCAAGGAGCUCGACCAGCCGCAGGCCAAUCCACGUUGUCCUACAACAGGUCUGAAAGAGACCGCCCCAAGGCAACGCCGUUUAUGUUUUCCUUCGGCAACGACGACCAUAGGAACCGCACGCUGUUGCAGAUUGCCGACUCGGAAUGGAGCAAGCCGCAGAGCUUCGACGCUAUUGGCAGUACAACCGAGGUGGUGCUACCCUCUCCUUCUCGAAACACUGAAGUACACAUCGGAAUCACCACUGAGGCGGGUGAGGGCAAGUACAAGAUGACCAAGGUUGUCACCCUGGCACCGCGAUUCGUCCUGGAGAACAAGCUUGGCGAGGAGAUCAAUGUCAGAGAGUCUAGCUCAUCGGGAUUCAUGACUCUCAAACCUGGCGCACACCAGCCUCUGCACUUCAUGCAGAAGACUGCCGUCAAGCAACUCUCCCUCUGCCAUCCCGGGAUGAAUAACCAGUGGACUUCUCCUUUCAACAUCUCUGACAUUGGCACGACCCACAUCAAGAUCGCGAAGGCAGGGCAGAGGCAACGACUGAUCCGCGCCGAAAUCUUGAUGGAGGGAGCCACAGUCUUCUUGCAUCUCAGUAUGGAGACCAAGAAUUGGCCCUACCAGAUGAGGAAUGAGAGUGACACCGAGUUCACCUUUUACCAAGCGAACCCUAGCCUGGAGGAUGAUGGCGUUGAGGACAGAUCCGGGUGGAGACCCAUCAAGUACCGUUUGCCUCCGCGCAGCAUCAUGCCUUACGCUUGGGAUUUCCCUGCCGCCAAGUUCCGCGAGAUCAUCAUCAACGUCAAUGGCAAGGAGCGACACGUCAAGCUGGCUGAGAUCGGUAAUCAGAUUCCAAUGAAGUUCACCUCUGCGUCUGGGCAGCAGAAGAUUAUCGACAUCAAUGUCGCCGCCGACGGUCCGACUCAGACUUUGAUCCUGUCCAACUUCCGACAAUCCAAGAGUCUUUACAGGCAAAAGUCCAAGUCUGGCGCUCGUACCAGCACCGAUGGAUUCGAGGUCAAGGAUCAGGAGACAACUGCGACAUUCCGAGCCCAGCUGAAGCUUUCGGGUAUCGGAAUCUCACUCAUCAAUUCGCAACUGAAGGAGCUCGCCUACGUCACCUUCAGAGAUGUCUCCCUUCGCUACCAUGACGCGCCGCUCACUCAGACGGUCAGCUUCUCAGUGAAGUGGAUCCAGAUCGACAAUCAGCUUUACGGCGGCCUGUUCCCAAUGAUCCUGUACCCUAGCGUCGUCCCGAAGAGAGCUCAAGAAGUCGACGCGCACCCCUCGAUUCACGCCAUGGUCACCCGCGUGAAGGAUGAUUCCUAUGGUGUGCUGUACAUCAAAUACGCCACCGUUUUGAUGCAGCAGAUGACGAUUGAACUGGACGAGGAUUUUGUCUAUGCUGUUCUUGACUUUUCAAACAUUCCUGGAGCUGCAUGGUCUGACAGUAAUGAGGAGGGCAAGCUCUGCGACGAAGAGCUCGACAUUCCGGAGCCGAAUCAGCAACAAUCUGGCCAGGAUAUCUACUUCGAGUUACUGAACAUCCAGCCCAUGCAACUCGACCUCUCCUUCAUGCGCACGGAGCGCGUCAACGCCGAGGACAAGACAUCAUCGCGCAACCCGUUGAUGUUCUUCCUCAACGUCAUGACGAUGGCUAUCGGAAACGUCAACGAUGCACCCAUUCGUCUCAAUGCUCUUAUGCUUGACAAUGUUCGAGUGUCGGUUCCUGCUCUAACCCAGAACAUCUCGAAUCACUACAGUCAGGAGGUGCUCUACCAAAUCCACAAGAUUCUAGGCUCUGCCGACUUCCUGGGCAACCCUGUGGGCCUGUUCAACAACAUCAGCUCAGGAUUGACUGAUGUCUUUUACGAGCCCUACCAAGGACUCAUCCUGUCGGACAAGCCCGAAGACUUCGGAAUCGGCGUUGCCAAGGGUGCUGCAUCCCUGGUGAAGAAGUCUGUUUAUGGCUUCUCUGACUCCUUUUCCAAGUUCACUGGCAGUCUGUCCAAGGGUCUCGCAGCUGCAACCCUCGACAAGCAAUUCCAAGAUCGACGCCGCAUCACCCGCGCCCGAAACCGCCCCAAGCACGCCCUAUACGGUGUCACCACAGGUGCAAACUCCCUUUUCACAAGUGCUGCAUCCGGAGUUGGUGGCCUGGUGCGCAAGCCGCUCGAAGGCGCGGAGCAGGAAGGAGCGCUCGGAUUCUUCAAGGGUAUCGGCAAGGGAGUCGUUGGAUUUGCAACCAAGCCCGCUAUUGGCGUCUUGGACAUGGCCUCGAACGUUUCUGAGGGUAUUCGAAACACAACGACCGUCUUUGAUGGCUCAGAACUCGACCGUGUUCGCCCUGCGCGUUUCGUGCCGUCUGACGGUAUCGUGCGCCCGUACAAUGCCCGUGAAGCUCUCGGCCAGUCCUGGCUAAAGCAAGUCGACAACGGAAAGUACUUCAACGAGAACUACAUUGCACACCUUGAGCUGCCUCGCGAAGACAUGGUGGUCAUGGUCACUUACGCCCGGAUUCUGCUUAUUCGCAGCCGGCGUCUGACAUCGGAGUGGGACGUGCCUCUCAAGGACGUUCAGACAAUCGCAAAGGAGCGAACGGGCCUGAGCCUGACCCUCAGAGGCGGCACAAAUGGUCCAUUCAUUCCCGUCGGCGACGAGAGCGGGCGUGCCUUCCUGUACAAGAUGGUGGCUGUCGCUGUGGAGGAGUUUAACAGGAGGUUCAGAGGAUUGGAGUAA